AUGAAUGCUGAAACCAAGGAAUGGCGUCUGUCCAUCUAUCGGUGUUUUCGUGAGACAGAAGUGAGCACCCCGGACCAACCCACACUGCCGACGACUAGCGACACUGCUGUGCGCGAGACUGAGGUUGCACCAAACGGGGUCUGGCAUACCCGCAGGGAUCACACGGCCGCAGCCCUCAUCCUCCGUAUCUCCUCAUUCGGCCACCUAACCAUUCUGCAAGGCAGCGAGGUGGUGGAGUCCUACUUUCUUAUUUUGGCCAAAAAGUGGAUCAAAGCAGUCAAUAUCGGUACGCUGGAGUACAUAACUAGUACCUCGAUUUGCCUUUCAGACGACGAAAUAAUGCUUUACAUUCGAGAGCGAAGUCGCGUGCGUCGACUGCGCCUCACGUUUGCCAACGCCGCGGAGGCACAGUCGUGCUACGAGGAACUGGGCAAGCAUGUGUCCGUGAAACAGUGCCCACAGUCGGAUCCCGCGCGUUCGCCGGCCACCAACGACGACGAGGCGGUGUCGCGGUGGCUGGACACGAUGACGGGCGGCGCCGCGUCGUCACGCUGUCUGGCCGCCGACGCAGCCUGGCGGACAGAGUGGCCGACGGACAAGUUGACCGAGCUGGUCAAACUCUGCCUUUUGGACCCCAAUUUCCCCGGCUUCGUGCGCCAGGUACAGGAGGCGAUUCAGCUGCUAACUCUUGACGUUGACAGCGAAACGCAAAAUGAUGUGGAAGAAUGA